AUGUCUGUCUGUACGAUGAUGGUUACGGAGCCGGUGUCGAGCUUGAUAUCGUCGCCCACGAUAUAUCUCGACGAAAAGGGCGACCUGCGGCUGCACGUGGGUUCCGAGAUUGACGAGACCCCUCAAGAUUUCGUCGUUUGCUCAAGGGCCCUCGGUAGAAGCUCCCCGGUUCUGAAGACGAUGCUGUUCGGCGGAUUCGCCGAAUCGCGCCCCGCAGAAAACGCUGGGGAAUGGAGCGUUGACCUGCCUGAAGAUGCGACGGAAGCAAUGGAAAUCGUGCUCAACAUCGUCCAUGGCCGCUUCAAUCUAGUUCCCGAGAAGCUACCCUUGAUGCGCCUGUACGACGUCUUAACCAUUACAGAAAAGUACGACAUGACGGUUAUCACUCGGCCGUGGGCUCGCACUUGGAUGCAAGGUGUAAAACAUGAGAAAGACAACGCGCAUUUACUAUGUGUGGCUUGGGAGCUUGGCGAUGCUGAGACGUUUGAGGAGAUGUACAAGAAGAUCACAUACGAGUCUGUUAUCGACCUCAAGGGACGCUUGGUUUACGGUCACUUUGGUCGGGUCUGGAAGCUCGGACCAGAGGGUUACAACUUUCCUCUUGACAGAAUCGUGUAUCUGCGGCCGCCCGGAGUGUUUGAGAACAUCAUCAAGCAUCGUCAGGCUUUGAUAUCCGCCCAUCUCGAACGUUUCGUCAUCUUGUACAGAUGUCUUAAAGAAGGCUGUCGAUACAUGAAAGGAUAUUACCACAGCUCGCCAGAUGCCGAGGAGUGCAAUAGCAUGCUGUUGGGGUCGCUCGUCAGAUGUCUCGCCAAAGGAAAAGUAGACAUCACCAUGCCAAAUCCUUGCGAGUCUCAUAGGGGAAAUGUGGAAGCUCUCGAAAAGGCAACUAGUGCUGUCAAGCUGUUGACAGUGCAUCGUCCGUCACCGGCCAAUCAGUGUUUGAAGCGUAUAGAGGAGGAGUUGGCAAAAGGGGCAGUGGCUGCAGCUGUUGCUAAAACGGAGUUAAUGGUUCUGCAACCGGAACAACGGGGGUACCUUGAAAAGCAGGCGCAUAAAACUGGAGUUGUUUUCGCUGGUUAG